UAGUUGCGUGCUUGCGUUGUGUUCGCGGGGUCCGAGAUUGUUGUUCAGGCACGCUGCAUUGCUCUGUUUCGAUGCGUCGCUCAGUUAUCUUGCGUAGUACUGUAGUUACGGUGUCCACCGCCUUCCAGAACAGUUUCCUUCAUAUUCUGUACCGCGGUCGGAUGUUUUACUCGCAACAGUUUGUGACCGUAUCCCUUCAGCUCUGUGGAAUGUAAUGUUUCGCUAGCAUCGACUUCUCUCAACAGACACAUAUGCAGAUUCAGUUUAGAUGAAUGUGUGACGGUAUAAAUGUGCAAACUUUGGAUGAAACCAUCUGAUUGUCAAGUAGUACAUAGUAUAAAUUUACAGUCUAGUCAAUUGCUCUAAAAUGAUGUGCUGUCAAGUAUUUUCACUGGGUGACUGUCCAGCAAUUAGUGUGUCAGAUCAUUACGUGUUGCCCAUUUCACUGUUCACUUUUUUUUUUAUCUUGCGAGUUUGUCUAUUGGCUUCUUCAAUGUGAUCAUGUCUACUUCUGUGGGAAGGUAUUGUGAAGCGUCUUACCAAAGGAAAUGGUGACCGGUCCGCGAUUUUUUAUUUCAACACCGAUGGACUCUCUGUGUUGCAUAUAGCGGCAUGCUUUGGCCAUCUGGAUAUUUGCAAGUAUUUGGUGGAGGAGCUCAAGGGAGAUGUAAAUGCUCCUGGAUAUGGAGCAGCUCUAGGUGCGACUCCAUUUAUGGUGUCUGCUCGGUCUGGUGAUGUUGCUGCCGUCAAGUAUUUUCUUGAUCGCGGCAGUGAUGUAAUGAAAGCAGAUGACAAAGGACAAACAAUUCUCCAGCAUGCUGUGGCUGCAGGAUGCUGAAAGGUAACAGAGUUCCUCCUUUCAAAAGGAGUGCCGGUCGACAUAGACUAUGGCCGUAGAACACCAGCCUAUCUGGCUGCUGAAAAUGAGCAGGAUAAGACAUUGAAGAUUUUGUUGGACCACCAUGCAAACGUACAUGGCCUCCGCUUUUCUUAUCUCCCUCGAUUCAGCGUUAAUUUGCACAAAUAGUUUUUCGUUCAGUAUUAGGAUUUGGAUGGUCCACUUACUAUCUAAUCCUCUGAAACACUAAACACAUCAGUAUUAUAUGAUUGUUAGCUUUUAAAUUUGGAUACCCUUUUCAUCUCAAAAUAAAAUCUUGAGUUAUCAUACCACAUGUGUUUCUUAAUACACUAUACCUUCUUUCACCCUAAUGUCAUUGUCAAAGGUAUGGGAAAUCCUCUGUGUAUGGCUCUUGUUUACCGUUCAUUGAGGUGCAUGAAGCUACUCAUUAAGGCUGGUGCAGAUGUUAAUUGCAAGGGUUGUGCUAUGACUCCUUUAUUGUUUGCUACGUGGCGAGGAGGUUAUACCAACUACAUUCAGUUCCUAUUGAAGGCUGGAGCAGAUCCUAAUAUUCCUGAUGAUUUGGGUAGGUUGCCAAUAGAGUUUGCUGCGGUGCGUGAUUGCAAGGAAGAAGUUGAAAUGUUGUUUCCUUUGACUUCCCCAAUUCCAAAUGUCCGAAACUGGAGUAUCGAGGGAGUAAUUUCUUAUGCAAAAAUUGAAGAAAAAAAGCCAAUGGAGCAAAAGCACGUUGAAAGAAGAAUGGCUUUCUUAAAGUUACAGGCUAAUAUGGCAUUCAAGCAGAAGGAGUAUAAGUUGGCAUCACAGUUAUAUGGUUUGGCAAUAGAUCAUGCAGAGAGUGCAACACUGUAUGCAAACAGGAGUGUUUGUAAACUGCUCAUGGGUGAUGGUGAAGGUGCUUUGUCAGAUGCUCUCAGGUGCAGAAUGCUGCGUCCUGAUUGGGCAAAAGCUUGCUAUCGCCAAGCUACAGCUCACAUGCUACUCAAGGAGUAUAAACAAGCCUGUGAUGCUCUCUUGGAUGCACAAAAGCUGGAUCCUGGGAAUGCUGAAAUUGAGCGUGAACUACGGUAACCUACUCUCCUACGGUUAUCUCUUCUGAAU